AUGGAUAUCGACAUGAGCCGCCGGAACAAGGUCCCUCGGUCCUUGUCAGAUGCCGAACGGGCGCGACUCGACGAGUACAUUGACUCAAUUCACUAUUCCGCCAGAUACUCUGACAGCGAAUACGAGUACCGACACGUGCAACUACCCAAAGCAAUGCUCAAGGCCAUUCCCAAGGACUAUCACGACACCUCCAAGGGAACUCUGAAGCUUUUGUGGGAGGAGGAAUGGCGAGCGAUUGGUAUUACCCAGAGUCUCGGCUGGGAACAUUACGAGGUCCACGAGCCCGAGCCCCAUAUUCUGCUGUUCAAGUAA